AUGGCAUCGAAUGGUGAUGAAAAAACACACAUGGACGUAGACACCAAGAAGGAACCACCCUAUGCUUCAGCAGAGGACAUUAGCGAUGAUCCACAACAACAAAAGCAAGAACAUGGUUUACAUGAGAGUGAUGCAGCACUUGCUAAUGCUCCUUGGCGCUACAAACUAAUCGCACUCGCGACCGCAUUGAUGCUUCCAGUGGGAUCCCAUUUCUCGGGUGCUGCUCUUGGUGCCAUGAAGGCUUCUAUUAAGGAGAAUCUAAUGAUUGAUAAUACUCGUUACGGUGUGUUGUCGAGUGCCGUGAGCAUUAUCAACACGGUCUUCCCCAUUGUCGGUGGCUUCUUUAUUGACGUGUGUGGAACGGUGUGGGGCACCAUUGUUGUCAAUUUGAUGAUCUUUACUGGCAGUUUAUUAACGGCGAUUGCGGCAAGAAUAUCCAGUUUUUCAUUGAUGGUGGUGGGCCAGGUCGUUUUUGGUAUUGGCAGCGGGUUGAUUGUGACGAUGCAAGAAUCACUCCUAUCGAAAUGGUUCCGUACAAAGUAUCUCGCCUUUGCUAUUGGCAUGCAGCUUUCCAUCAGCCGGCUCUCCACCUUUUUGGGAACAUUGGUAUCCAAUCCUAUUGCAAUCCGCAUGAAUGAUUGGGUUUGGGCGUUUUGGCUGGCUUUGACGCUAUGUGCCUUUUCGAUCAUUAUGAACAUCAUUUACGCCCUGGUGCUAAGACACUUGCAAGGCAAUGUCAUGAGCAAGGCUGAAAUGUUAAAAAUCAAGGCCAAAAAGACCGUCCAUGUCAAAUCGGUGUUGCGUUUCCCUCCUUACUUUUGGUUGAUCCUUUUCAUCGAGUUUGUGUAUGCUGCCGUGUGGACUGUACAUCAAUCGGUGGCCACUGAGCUUGUGCAAAUCCACUUUGGUACCACUCAGGUGAUUGCAGGCUAUAAGGCUAGUAUCUCUCAAGUCGUUCCCAUCGUCACUACUCCCGUGCUCGGUCUUUUUAUGGAUCUUUUUGGUCGUCGUGUAUCCAUCUUGAUUUGCUCGGCUGCAUUAUUCAUGAUCAGCUGUGGUCUUUUGGGCUGGACAAUGGUGGAGCCUGUUGUUGGCAUGAUUUUGUAUUCCUUCUCUCUCGCCUUUGGUCCCAUCAGUAUGAUCACAUCCAUUGGUAUGAUUUUGCCAUCCGAUUACAUUGGUACUGGUCUUGGUCUUUUCAAGGGCUCUAAUAACAUUGGCUCAUCCAUUCUGGAUAUCGUGGUGGGACUUGUACAGGAUAACACUUAUGAAGGAACCUAUGUCGGUGUUAUGAUUGUAUUCUUGUGCCUUGCAGCAGUAGGCUUGCUGGUCAUCCUAUGGCUCUGGUACACCCAAUACAAAUACCUUGGCAACCUUUUGGAAAUGUCUCGCAAGCAACGAGAACAACGCAUGGCUGAGAUCAACGACAAGGAAGUUAUGAUGUCCAAACAAGGUCUCGAUGCUAUGAACGAGCGUACUACACGUUGGUACAACUAUGCUUUUCUUGGAAUCUUUGGGUUCUUCUUUGUUGCCGCUUGGGUUUUAUUCUUUGUAUUCUCUGCUACUGGCAACGUUGCCUAA